AUGUGUUGCUUAACCUGACAAGCCCACCAUUCUCCCUUCCUGUUUCACCAUGCCUCCACUUCACACCUGCCCUUUCUUCUGUCUGCCUAUCUCAAUAAACCGUUGUUAUUUAUAGGUUAUGAUAGACCUGAAAGCAACAGGACCCUUCAACCAGAAAGACGACAGAAUCAUCUCUAAUAAGGAGUGGUAAAUGCCUUAUCUUGACUCUCUGAAUCAAAAAGGGUUGCACUGCUAUGCUGCUGUCAUGGAUGAAGAUUCAGCCACAGAGUUUGAACAACUUCUUUCUCCCACCCUCUUGGAUCACCAUCACCCAGUUGGGAUGGAUGCUGAACAAAAAACAGUUUUUGCCUUUGUCGUCUUCUUGCUGAUAUUUUUGGUCAUUCUCAUGGUCCGUUGCUUUCGGAUUCUACUGGAUCCAUAUAGCAGAAUGCCAGCCUCUUCAUGGAGUGACCACAAAGAAGGGCUUGAGAGAGGCCAAUUUGAUUAUGCAUUAGUGUAGACAACUAGUGGAAAAAAUACCUAAUGCUUUACGUCAUCAAAUGACACGGAAGCACAAGGUGUCAGGCCAUGGUAAUUGUAAUAAAGAUUUCCUUGGCUGCUUUCUCAGUUA